UAUUUUCCGAUAGAACACAGUCCAACUUUGAUAUAUUUUUAGUUUCGGGCCUAAUUUUUUGUGUAUCGUGGAAUUCAAAGCUGUGUUGUGACUGAGGGGAAUACCCCCCACGGCUGAGUACUUGGUUACGAAACGUCUCUUUUCGAGGUAUUUAUGGUUAUUUUUGUACCAGGAUCGGAGAGAAUGCCGAUAGUACCCAAAUGUCGGCAGGUGAGGCCCGCGAAACGGAAGAGGAGUCGGUCUUCAAGUCCCGCAGUGUCGUCCAGCUCCUCUGUUACGGACGAUGAUGUGGCGAUCAUGAGUGAUUCAAGUGCUGCUGGUCCUGAGGCAUUUGAUAAUUUAGAUGUUUCUAAUGAGAUUGAAAUCAGUGGCAGUGAUUCCAUCAUGGAUGUUUUAUGCUAUGAUGCUGAUGAUGAUGAAACUAUGGACGUGGCCCCAUCCAGCAGUGAUUGCCUGCCAGAACAUAUAGUUAGGGAGGUUGUCAGUCCAGACCAUAGCUAUUUUUCAUUGAAACUAAUUAUCGCUGGCCCUUCCCGACAGUUGAAGAAGUUGCCGUCCAGCACAAACAAAUCUGCGAAAAGUAGUUGUGUGUCUCCUAUACCUUUGCCACCAGAAUUUUCAGAACCAAGUGUGCCCCAAGAUAUGUCACUGUUACUUCAAGAUGCUAGCAUCAAAAUUUCUAUGUUCCUCUACCAGUCCUGGAUAUGCCAUGUCAGUGAUGGGGGCAUACAUGUCAUGCUUCUUUCCAAAAAAUUUGAGAAGGCAGUACAGAGGCGUUUAUUUUUUUUACCUGAUGGUAGUGUUCAGCUCAGUGUUCACUGUGAACCUCUCCCUGUUGAGGAGUAUUUGAGGGAAGCUCCACAAGCAGUUAGUCUAGCCAAAGAAACAGUGGGUGAAUUUGUAGAUAGGUGUGUUGAUAUUAUAAAUAAGGUCAGAAAUGAAGAAAUGUGUGCUGGUCUGUCUGAUGAAGAAUACAAGGAUGUGUGGCAAGGUAUUGCUGGUGCUGUUAUUGAUAAGAAUCCUUACCAGGAAAAUAGGUACACUGAGACAUUGCGUUCUUCUAAAUGCCCCAAAUUAAUUUCUAUACGGAAGUGGAGGUGUGGUGAAUGUGAAAAACUGAGAAGAAAUGUACAUAGAAGGCAAGAGGCAUUCCGUAAAGAAGCAAAUAAGUUCACUCCAAAUGCAGCUUUGUCAGACUCUCAAAAGUCAGAAAAACUAGUGAGACAACAGAAGACAGUACUGGCUACAAAUAGAAGACUGGACCGUCUUCAAAAAAAAAUGCAGCAACUUCUGGAAGUGGAAGGUGUCCAGGUUGACAAGGAAAUGUCAGAUGAGUUGACCGACUUAUGCAAAUCUGCUGACCUUUCUGAAGUACGUUCAUUGUUUUUGCAACAGCAACUUAAAGCAUCAAAAGCAAAGAGUCCCAGUUCAAUACGCUGGCACCCAACAAUGAUCCGCUUCGCUCUUGGUAUUUACUUGGAUUCACCGGGAGUGUAUGAGAAAAUGCGGGAGAGUGGAGUGUUAGCACUACCAUCAUCUAGGCUACUCUUUGAUUACUCUCAUGUUGAUCCAGCUGAAGAGGGUGUAUAUGAUUAUGUGCUAGAGGACAUUAACAAAAAACUGGAAGGAAUGCAUGAUUAUCAGAAGUAUCACUCUCUGCUUUGUGAUGAAAUGCAUAUAUGUCAAAAUCUAGUUUAUCGCAAGUCAACAGGUGAGAUGAUUGGAUUUGUUAAAUUAGAAAAAAAUCAAGUUUUUGCUGAUAUAGCUGCUAUGGAAAAAUAUCUUGCAACUGGAAGCCAAAAAGUACAACCAGAAAUGGCUUCUAAAAUGUUAUCCUUUAUGGUGAAGGGAGUAGCCAGCAAUGUUAAGGAAGUUGUUGCUUCUUAUCCUGUCAACAAACUCACAAGUCAAAUGUUGUAUGCAAAAACAUGGGAAGUCAUCAACCGUUGUGAGAGGAGUGGCAUUCGCAUCAUAGCUUUUGUUUCUGAUGGCUUUGCUGUAAAUAGAUCCUUUUUAAAGAAGCACACUCCUGUAAGACAAACUAAAUCAGGGAUAAUUUAUGCAACUGUGAACAAAUGUGCACCUCACAGGCUCCUUUUUUUUUAUGUCAGAUGUAGCCCACCUUAUUAAGACUAUUAGAAAUAGUUUAAGUAAUUCAAGAGAAGGGAAAAAAUCAAAAAGAUGUUUACAGAAAGGUGGUGAAAAGUUGUUAUGGCAAACAAUUAUUAAUCUCUAUAAUGCUAAGAGAAACAGAACAUUGAGAAAGUCUUACAAACUCACUGCCCAGCACAUUUAUAUUGACAGCUAUUCAGCAAUGAAAGUUAAAUUUGCAUCCCAAGUUUUGAGCAAAACGGUGGCACAAGAACUGGAAGACAUGAAGUGGCCUGGAACGAAGCAGCUUGUGGACUUCAUUCGCAGAGUCAACGAUUGGUUUGACUGCCUCAAUGGAGCACAUUCCACUCAAGGCAUUCGGACAAGAAAUCCCAACUUGAACCCAUACACAGAUGAAAAUGAUCCCAGAUUUGAAAAGUUAAAAGGCUUUUUACAGUACUUAUCUGAUUGGAAGGAAGAAGUGUACAGUGUUCAAGCUUUAGGAAAUGCCUCACAAAGUUUUGGUGGUGACGGUGAAGACCUGAGCGUUGAUUUUAUCACAGAAGAAGAAAGGACUGAUAAUGAAGCCACAGAAGUGACAGAAGACACACCAGCUGCCAAAAAAUUACUGGCUAAUUACACUUUAGAUGGUAUUGAAUUUACCACAAUGGCAUUUAUUGAUGCUGUAAAAUUUCUAAUUAGUGAAAAAGUAAAAUUUGUAAAUGCAAGAGUUUUUAGCCAAGAUCAUCUGGAGCAACACUUUUCCAAACAGAGAUCAAAGGGAAGUGGUAAUCCUAACUUGGGCAGGAGUCUUCAAAAUGACAUGAACAUUCACACAGUGAGAGAGUUGGGAUUUACAAGGAGAGGCAAAGGCAAUACAGAAGAGAGAUCAAGAGGAUUGGAAAUUACUACUGAACCACUGCCAAAGAGAAAAUGUCCUGCUAAGAAGAAAUAAUAAAUUGUAUCAGUACAGUUAUGACUCUGUAUCAAAAGUGUUUUCUGAUUGUUAAUGUUUCUUCAGUGUUAUACUUCCAUUCAAGUUAUUUGCAUAUAUGUUAUUAGGAAUAUUUCAAUAACAAAAGCAGUAUUCAUUAUAA